AUGAUAUGCCUUGAUUCCCACUCCUGGGCCUCAGUUUACCGGAUGAAACUGCAACGAGAGAACGAUCGGGGCGGGAAAGUUCGGCGGGAAACUUUGGCGUUCUGUUUCUUCCGUUUAUGUGUGCCGGUCGGCGUUACACAACUCUCUUUCACGUUCUCUCUUUUUCACGUUCUCUCACUUUCUCAUUCUCUCUUUUUCACGUCCUCUCUCUUUCACGUUCUCUCUUUCUCGUUCUCUCUUUUUCACGUUCUCUCUCUGAUUCUCGUUCUCUCUCUUUCACGUUCUCUCUCUUUCUCUCUCUUUCACGUUCUCUCUCUUUCUCGUUCUCUCUCUGAUUCUCGUUCUCUCUCUUUCAUGUUCUUUGUCUGUUUUUUCUCUCUCUAUAUCUAUUUAUAUUGUCUUGUGACAGACAAAAGUAAAUGUUUAUGCCUGUUCUUUUUGAAAGAAUUUCACUUUAUUCAUAUCUAUCUAUCUAUCUAUCUAUCUAUCUAUCUAUCUAUCUAUCUAUCUAUUUCCACCAUGUUUGUCGUAAGCAAAAAGAGAAGGGAAGAAAAAAAAAGAAUUACUGAAGACAGAGAAAAUAGGCCAGUUUGUCUUCGACUGAAGCGACACAUCCUUCCUGAACCCUUAAAUUAUUUUUUUUUCAUUUCCUCCACCAGCAUCCUUUUUACUCAUCCAUUUUACCGUUUCCUUUCUUUCUUUAUCGACCAAAACACGAACUGA